GACAGGCAUUAGCAAAAAGGACGUUGAGGAAAGAGAGCAGUUUAGUGUCCUCUAACAUCGGACAGAUGAUGACCCUGCGACCCCUUAGGAGGACAUGGUGUGAGUGUGUGUUGUGGAGUGUGUGUCUGUGUGUGUGUGUGCUCUCUGGUGGUGCCGCAGGCUUCUCUCACGGAGCCACGUCUUCGUCCUGUCGGGAUCUGAAGCCGGGGCACGUCGGCGCUCAGCACACACACCACACUCACACACACCCGGCCUUCACCCUGCAGCCCAGCCGGACAGAAUAUUUACCACAACAGACCCUCACAGUGUCUCUGCGCAGCGCACGACCCUUCAUGGGCUUCAUGCUGCAGGCUCGGGCCCUGCGGGACGACACCGUCGUGGGCGAGUUUCUGCGGCCGCCGCCGGGCACCCAGCGCAUGCGCUGCCUCCGGGAGGGGGACACGCUCACUCACGCCGACAAGCAGCUCAAGAGGAACAUGUCCUUCACCUGGAGAGCCCCGGACCAGCCCUGCGGAGACGUGCGCUUCUACAUAACAGUGGUUCAGUCCUACUUUGUGUAUUGGUCACAAAUCCAGUCAGCUGUGGUGCAAGAUGGGACUCGUAGCUUACUGAGGAUGAUGAAUAGCACACCAGGCGUGAGCAGAAAUAGCCAGAACAAACUCCGGACUACCAGCCUAAGCACAUUUAGCUUAAUGACGGACCUGCCAGCAACUGAGGCACACACCACACCAACUACACUGACCACAUAUAGCGCACUGGACGACACAUAUACAGACCUCUUCACACACACCAUGUCCCAAGAGCUCAACACCACACACAAUAAAUCACUUCACGUAUCAACCUCAAGCACACAUCAGCUGAUUGAAACACACAGCUUGCCAGCAAGCAGCAGCAACAUGCGAUCAACAGCAAAUGUUAAUUUACAUGCAAUCCAGCUUUUUAGUAAAGUGUACAAAACACUUACUCAAACUGAACCAACACCUAUGCACAGAACACAUGACUACUCUUCCUUUAUAACAACACAAGAUGUCCUUUCAGUGUCUCACACAAGCUCGCAAACCACUGAAUACACUCUAACGGAGCGCACACACACCAAGCAUCCUUACACCCCGCCGCCAUUCCUUCAAAACACACAUCGCAACGUCAGAUAUCCCACCGCUGCUAACACCCAGCCUCACGCCCCUCUCCUUCCAUCUAUCUCCCUCCUCAUGGACCCCUCCCCUGCCCCUCGGGUCUCCUUCCCUGACCCCUUGACCCCUCCCCAACCCACACCUCUGCCCCCCUACCGUCACCCCAACCACUCCGCUCCGCCGCCCCCUCCCGCGAUCUCCAGACCUCCGGCCGCGGAAGGGGGGCGUCCGCGCGACGCCACGCCCAGGCACAGGGCCCCGGAGCUGGGCAUGCUGCUGGGCUGCUCGGCCGGCCUGGGCGUGGUGCUGACGCUGGGGCUGCGGUGCCUGCACAGGCGGUGCUGCCGCAAGCACAGCGAGCUGCGUCUGAGCGAGCGCAGAGGAGGGGGAGGAGGAGGAGGGGGAGGGGGGGAGCUAGUGCAGGUGCGCAGGAUCCGUCAGAACAGCCUGCUACUGCUGCAGACCGAGUACAACCUCAUAACACCACCAGGGAACUGAGAA